AUGGUGUACCGUGGGUUUGGACUGGAGCAUCUGGCUCCCCCAGAGCAUAAGAAUAAGCCAUUUAGCGAACUGACGCCGGACCAGCAAGGUGAACGUGGUGCAGAGAUGAUGGUCAACUUCAUGACCUCGUGCCCUGGUAAAGCUGCGAUCAGCGGUGUGACCGGGUUUGCACUUGGCGGGGUAUUUGGUCUUUUCAUGGCCUCCAUGGCUUACGAUACGCCGCUGCAUGUCCCCACGCCAAGUGGAGGAAAUCUAAGUGCCGUUCAAAAGAUGGCCGAUUUACCCAUGCGACAGCAGAUCAAAAUACAGUUUGCAGAUAUGGGUAAAAGGUCUUACUCGAGUGCCAAGAAUUUCGGGUACAUUGGUAUGAUAUAUGCAGGUGUUGAGUGUGUGGUAGAGUCCACAAGGGCAAAGAACGACUUGUACAAUGGUAUCACUGCUGGUUGUAUCACGGGCGGAGGUCUCGCUUACAAGAGUGGCCCGCAGGCCGCACUUGUUGGGUGUCUCGGGUUUGCAGCGUUUUCUGCUGCGAUUGAUGCAUAUAUGAAGAGUGAAGAUGGGAGACCCCCAAUCAAUGACUUUAACGAAUAG